UUGGAACGUUCUGCAGUUCUUGAAUUUCCAUUUUCUAAGUUUCAGGGUUUUUUGAAGACACAUCAAGCCGAUGCUGUUCUUUUUCUCACAAGAAUUGUUACUGUUUUAUGUACUUUAUAUUAUAUUUUACCAUUUGGUACUCGAAGCGCACAAUUCUCAGCUUAUUCAAAAUCGUUCGCAGCUGCUGCUGCAACAAAUGCUCUACGACUUCAUCAGCGUGUUGGUGGAUUGCGUUUCACUCGCGAAUUCUUGUCCAUGGUGCUUAUGGAAGAUUCAUGUCAUUAUCUCAUUUACUCUGUUAUGUUCAUAACAGCUACUCCAGUCACUAUGGCUUUGGUACCAAUAUUUUUGUAUGGUUUAUUACACGCUGCAAGUUUUGCUGUUCAGAUUUGUCAUGCAACUGGGAAUGCCACAGAAAUGAGUAAUAAGGUACAGGAGUUGGUGCGACAGCAUACUCAAAAUUUACUGGGAGUUAUUGCAUGUUCGGAAGUUUUUCUCAUGCCUAUGCUUGUUGCGAUGGUAUUUUUAGGUAAAGCUUCCUUCAUUCUACCGUUCAUUUAUUACCGGUUCUUAACUCUUCGUUACGUAUCACGCCGCAAUCACUCUAUGAAACUGGUUUUCUACCAACUUCGUAUUUCUUUGGAACAGCUAGUGGCGAGUCCUCAUUGUCCACAUUUAGUUCGUAAGACGGUCCACUCAGUUAUCAGUCUUUUCUGCCGUUUGUUCUCGACGACAGUUCAGUAG